AUGGGCCCUACACCACAACAAUCCAUGGUCCCCGAGUUCUCCUCCUGCUCAACGACGAUCCACCAUAAUAUCCGGAUCCCCACUCCGUACGGGUGGGUCGCGGACUCUGACGACCCGGCCUUUGACGAUAAAGUCGACGAGCGGCUUUUAUGGCACGGGAGCAACACGGGGAUGUUUUAUGCUACCAAGAUCUGCUGGCGGAAUCAACAGCGCAUCCAUUUGUUGCGUCGGAUGGAGAAGAGUGGGGAGAUGAGGGAGAGGGAGAAGGAGGCAGGGAGGCAUAAGUAUACUAUUGAUGUUGAUGGGAAUGGCUGGUCUGGUCGGUUUAAACGCCUCAUGACGACCAAUGCCCGUGUAUUCAAGUCGACCAUUUAUCCCGAGUGGUCCACUGACCGCGUAGCCCCGUGGGUACACUACAUCCCCAUCCAACUAGACCUCUCGGACCUACACGACGCCCUCCUCUUCUUCAGGGGCGAUGCGAAUGGGGACGGGGCACAUGAAGAUUUGGCACGGAAAAUUGCGGUUGUGGGACGGGAGUGGAGUAAGACGUUUUGGAGGGAGGAGGACUUGGCGGCUUAUUUUUUCAGGUUGAUGUUGGAAAAUGCGCGUCUUAUGAGUCCUGAUUGGAAUGCUAUGUCUUAUAAAACUGCGAAAGAGGAAGGGAAGGCUUGA